CGAUUCAUCUUGGCAUCUGAUUUUAUUCUAAUGGGUUAAAUUGGGUUCACUUUUACAAUUACCCCAGGUCUGACUGCGUAGUAUUGCAUGACAACUCACAGUUUCAUCGGGUUUGGCAAAGCGAGGCUGCUCCAUGAAUCCGUAUAUCAUAUCACAUCAGAUCAGGCUGAAGUUUGCUGUUUAGCGACUCCAUUUGAGAGGCUUUUUAUGAAAGUGGGAAGGGUUGAUGCAGUCCAUGGCUGGUUCAGUGCGAUUUGAAAGGAAAAAAAAUGUGGCGAGAUGGCAACAACACGGGGUUUGCUGCUCAGCUGUGAAUAAGCACAGAACGAAAAAAAAGACAUGAUGGGGGAACGCUCAGCUUGCUGCAAUAUUUUUAGCAGCCUCUCAGUCCUCGCCUUUUUUUAAUUUCCUAGUAUGUUCUUUGCUUUAUUAGUUUUAUUUACAACCAACUCCCCAUUAACACCUCACCUGAUUACUGAGGAGCUGAGACAGCUAAUCAAGAAAAUCCAGCAAACCAGCCAAAACUGAGAGGAACAAGGAACAACCUCCAUCUACUGGCUAGAUCAUUGCGUCUUUUCUCCAUCCAAAACCCAUCCCUCAUCACUCAUUAAGGAGGGUACAAUUUUGGAAGAAGCUUCUAAGGUCUCAAGGUAAGAAGUGGUCUGCCAACAUUAGGAUAUUGAUCAGAAAACGUCUGGGAAAGCCCUGGCCUCAUGUACUGGAGCAGCAGUAGCUAGUAGCAUAUCCCUAACAGUACCUGGUGGAGCAGAAAGAAAGGACCGUCUAAUUAAUUAAGUGUGCUCAGCCGGAGGAAGUUCAGUCAUUUCGGACUUUGGUUAUGAAUCUGCCCAGGUAUUCCUAACGGCGCCGUCGAGCUAAGGUAGAGACGGGAAUUUAACAAGCAGUGACUUUGGUGUCUCGGGCUUGGAUGGACGCUUUGGCGCUGCACCUGCGGACAGCACCUCAGAAAGCCCGAGACAGCAAACUGCAGAGAGGCGGAAAGAGACAGGAUCGGUGUGCGCUCGGGGGGCGAGCUGCCCCCGCUUUAGCUGCCCGGAGGGAGCUGGGCCCAGCGCCCACCAAGGGGAUCCCCCAAACCCCUGCUUCCCCCGCUCCCAGAGGGAGCGAUGAGUUUGACCGUCCUCAGCGCAGCAGGGACACGGUCACGGCCAGGCGCGGCAGCGGGGAGCACACGGGGGGGUGGGGGGGGAGGGGGGGGUGUUGGUGUGUCGGCGGUACCUCCGCCAGGCACACGCAGGUGGCUCUAGCAACGCGGGCACCGUGGGACUUGCGGAGCCAGCACCGAGAAGCAGGAGCAGCCCGGAGCUGAGGCAGCGCGAGUUACACCUGACAAAAUACCUGGAGGGGCAUACAGGAAUAUUUCGUUCAAAGGGAAAUAAACGGAACCAAACCCGAACGUGCCAGGAGAGUGGAAGGGUUAUACUGCAGCUAUCGGGAAUAAACUCGUCUUCUAGGUGAGGGGUUUUUCACCUCUGUCGACAGCCGCCAACACAACCCCACACGCCAGCCAUGCUUUUCCACGGGAUCUCCGGAGGCCACAUCCAAGGAAUCAUGGAGGAGAUGGAGAGGCGAUCCAAGACCGAGUCCCGCCUGGCCAAAGGGGGACAAAUGAACGGCCGAGAAACGAACAUGCCCCCAAUGAGCCCCGAGAAGCCUGCUUUGUGUGCUGGUUGUGGAGGGAAGAUCUCAGACAGAUAUUACCUGCUGGCUGUUGACAAACAAUGGCACCUCAGGUGUCUUAAGUGCUGUGAAUGUAAACUGGCUUUGGAGUCAGAACUCACCUGCUUUGCCAAGGACGGCAGUAUUUACUGCAAGGAGGAUUACUACAGAAGGUUCUCUGUGCAGAGAUGUGCCCGCUGCCACCUUGGGAUCUCAGCCUCUGAAAUGGUCAUGAGAGCCAGGGAGUCGGUUUAUCACCUGAGCUGCUUCACCUGCACCACCUGCAACAAGACUCUGACCACGGGCGAUCACUUUGGCAUGAAGGACAACCUGGUUUACUGCAGGGCCCACUUCGAGUCCCUUUUGCAAGGAGAAUAUCCCCCCCAGCUGAGCUACACCGAGCUGGCUGCCAAGAGUGGAGGGCUGGCCCUGCCCUACUUCAACGGCACGGGCACGGUCCAGAAGGGCAGGCCGAGGAAACGAAAGAGUCCUGCCUUGGGAGUGGACAUCGUCACCUACAACUCAGGUUGUAAUGAGAAUGAGGCAGAUCACCUGGACAGAGACCAGCAGCCUUAUCCCCCAUCCCAGAAGACAAAGCGCAUGCGUACCUCCUUCAAACACCACCAGCUUCGUACCAUGAAGUCCUACUUUGCUAUCAACCACAACCCAGAUGCCAAGGACCUCAAGCAGCUUGCCCAGAAAACAGGGCUGACCAAGAGAGUUCUGCAGGUUUGGUUUCAAAACGCAAGAGCCAAAUUCAGAAGGAACCUUUUGCGGCAGGAGAAUGGGGGUGUCGAUAAAGCUGAUGGCACCUCACUACCGGCACCGCCCUCAGCAGACAGCGGCGCACUCACUCCACCCGGCACUGCGACCACUUUAACAGACCUGACCAAUCCCACUAUCACUGUAGUGACAUCAGUGACCUCUAACUUGGACAGCCACGAAUCCGGGAGCCCCUCACAAACUACCUUAACGAACCUUUUCUAACAUUUCAGUUUGGUUUAUUUUUUUUUUAAUUCUUACUCUUCAUUAUUAUUAUUAUUAUAUUAUUAUUAUUAUUAUUUUCAAGCCUUUUUUUUUUUAAUAACAAACCCACAAAAUAUUUGGGAAAAUAAGCAGCUUCAUGUGUAGCAUCUGCAGCCACUUGGCAAGUGAGUUUGAAGUAAUAUAUUGCUAUAAUAAAUGAACAUUUAUUGUUGUUAAAUUGUACUCAAAUUUUUUAAAUUCAUCAAAUAACUGAAGAGAAGGUUAUGAAGCAUUUUAAUAAGUGCCUCUUAAAAUUGUAUGUUACUUAUUUCCAGUACCUUGAGAAAAAUGAGUAUUGCCACUUAAAAAAAGAGUCUUUUCCCUCCUUGAUAAUCAGAUAGGAAUCAUUUUAAUUGUAGCCAAAACAAUGCUGCUUCAGGACUGAAUGUUUACUUACAGCAUUUAAGAACCCAAAAUUUUACUUAAUUUUUAUGACACAUCUGAAAGUUUUCAAAUGUUGAAAAAAUAAAAUGAAUUAAAGUUCUCAUUGGAACAGUCAGACUGGAAGUGCAGUGCUUUUUUCUAAGGCGCUAGUCACAAGCCUGAUCCUUCCUGAGCACUGGGGAUUCUUACUGGGAUAGCUAAAUUCUCCUCUGCCAGUUCUUCACCCAGCUGGAAUGUCCUUGGCCACCACUGAAAGCUGUGCCUGAGUGGAGGGUUUGGAGAGAGAGACCCAGUGAUGAGCGUGCAUGACAGUGAGGAUGGCAGGCUCAGGCUGAUGGCCUCCAAAGUUGUGUCCUGUACAAGGACAAGGCAAGGAGGCAUGAUCCAGAAAACACUGGAUACAAAAUGAGCUCACUCCUAUAGAUGUUAAAAUAAUGACAGCCGAAUAACAGUUCAAGUGAGGAGUCCUACUGAUUCAAAAUAUUGCAUAGGGAGAGGUUUUCAUCUUUGUCAAGCAGCUCUGAUUUGGAAUGAAAAAAAAAAACUAGAGCAGUUCACUACAUGGCCUUGAUACUGUAUCAUUAAAGCAAACAGGAGGUUGCCACCUACUUUAGUGAGCACAUAAAUAAUUUCCCAGAAGAAGUGUGCAUGUGUGCUAAGUGAGCUUUUGAUAAAUCAUACUUUUUUUUCAGGGAAAAUGGAAAUAAGCAAAAUAUAAUUUAAUAAGAUGUUUAAGAAAAUUUAUUUCAGUACAAUUUAUACAUUACUAUUUUGAAUUUACUUUAGAUGUUUCCUGAGAUUGUAUCAGACACUAUGUUUAACACAUGAACUAAAAAUCUUUUGUUCAUUAGUAUCUCUAACAUAUACUUUAACUUUUUAAACUUUUUAUUACAGAAAAAAAAAAGCUAGCAAAAAUUCUUACAAAAAUGGGAAUUGGCAGUGAAUAAUUUCAAAGCAGAUAAACUCAGAAGCCUUGUGGAUGCUGAUCUGAAUACAUUUCUUAGUUUACAAUAGUGAUCCUUCUUUUUUUAAUUUUAUUUAAGCUAAAAGUCUGAAUGGUCUGGGCAGUGGUGAAUGUUCAUUUGUAUCCUUUUAUUGUAGUUGAACACCAAUUAGAUUGUGGAGAGUCUCAGAAACAAAAUUGAACAAAAAUCAGUCAAGAUCUAUGUCUUGCUUUUAGUGGAUUGUUAAGAAUAACUUUGCACAUAUAUCCCACUUUUUUAGACACCAUCAAAUCUCUUUUUUUGGUGGUCAAAGUGGCUAUUUAAUAUAUUUUAAAGGUGUCCUUUUUGGCUGUAUAAAUGUGUGGUUACAUAUUGACAGUUCACUGCCCACAUUAAAGUGCAUUAUUGUAAUUUUUGCUCAGGGUUUUUAGAAAAUUAGCACAGAAAAGUAGCUUAUUUUUAAAAAAAGAUGAUGGAAGAGAUGUUAACACUGUAAUAGAAGAAAGGUGUGUUUGCCAUUAUAUAUUUAGCAAGUAUGGUUAUCAUCUUCUAUGGAUAUUAAAUCUUGACUUUUCCUAUUUCUAUUACCUUAUGGGCAUUUACCACUAACCAGACCAAACAACCUUGGUAAGGCUGAGAUCUUUAUUAAUACACUUUUACAGGUAAAAAUAUUGAUACUUAUAAAUUUUGUUCUUUGACAGAACAAUAUAUGGUACUAGAGAUCUACUUUAUUAAGUAGACUAAUUGAAACUCAGUUCUACUAUGUGCCUUAUGAUAUACCUUGGGAGUAAGUUUGUGAAAAAUCAGGAUAUAUGUGUUGUUUGUUAAAUUAACUGUUUUAAGCCCUUUUGACACCUCACUAGUUUUGUACUGUUUUACCUCUUAUUUCUGAAACUCUUUUUAUGGUGUAUCCUGUUAGAGGGGACAAACAUGUCAUAGAAAGCAGUUGUGCACUCUUUCAGAUAUAGUUGAUAAAUCCAAUAAUCUUAUAUAUUGAGCUUCGUGUUUAUAGUACAGUAAGUGGUCUAGCAAAAUUGUCCAUGUUUCUUUGUUUAUUGAUAAAUGCAUUGUAUAGAAACUAUUUCCCCUAAAUAUUUAUGGACCAAACAAUUGUGAUAUAUCCUAUUAAAUUUGUGUGAAUAAACCAUUUUGAAUCUAA